AUGAAACUCGCGAUCCAUUCUAUUGGUCACUCGUCCAUCUGGAAUUCUUAUAAACUGAGGCUGUCAAAUUGCAAAGAUUGGUAUUGGAUCUUGGAACAUAGAGGAAUCCAGCUGUCUAAAAAGCGGAGUCUACAAACUGAGGCCAUGGAUGCAUAUACCAGACAACAUCCAAGAUCAUUGUUUGCCAGAGCAAAAGCUGGGAUCUUUUGUCAAGAACCACCCCAGCUUGGAAACCCAUAUCUGGAAGAUACUUUUCUUCAGGCUUAUCUGAAGUCACAUCUACCACCCAAGGUGUUCACUGAGAUUAAUGUUGACCUUGAGAGGUUUGGGGCUCGUGUGAAGAAUGAAAUUGACGCCUUGGGACGCGAGUGUGAGUUAAACCCUCCGAGGCUGCAGCAGUUUGAUGCCUGGGGCCGGCGUGUCGACCAAAUUAUCACCUGUGCAGCCUGGAAGAAGAUGAAGGAGAUCUCAGCCAAAGAGGGGCUGAUUGCUGAGGCUUACGAGAGGCGAUACUCCAGCUGGAGCCGAGUUUAUCAGGUAGCCAAACUCUACCUAUAUGCACCUUCUGCUGGUUUCUUCACAUGUCCUCUGGCCAUGACUGAUGGAGCAGCGAAAGUAAUUGAGUCCUUAGGUAUCUCCAGGCCUGUGCAAGAAGCCUAUGCCAACUUAACAUCGCAUGACCCCAGGAAGUUCUGGACCUCUGGCCAGUGGAUGACUGAACGCAAAGGAGGUUCUGAUGUAGGUAAUGGCACUGAGACAGUUGCCCGGGAGCUGCCUAAUGGCACCUACACCCUCCAUGGUUUGAAAUGGUUUUCAUCAGCCACUGACUCGGACAUAAGUCUGACCCUGGCAAGGGCCAUGACUGCUGAGGGGCAGAUAGAACAGGGCUCCAAAGGCUUAUCUUUGUUCUACCUGGAAACACGAGAUAAGGAAGGGAUGCUAAAUGGGAUCCAGAUACAACGGCUGAAGGAAAAGCUGGGCUCGAAGCCAGUGCUAACCGCUGAGCUCUUCCUAAAUGGAGCCAGGGCACACCGGAUCUCUUCUUUGGGUCGGGGUGUGGCCUCCAUUGCUAACAUGUUGACCAUCACGAGGAUCCAUAAUGUCAUAUAUGCAGUUGCAAGUAUGAGAAGAAUGAUCAGUAUGGCAAGGGACUAUGCCACCAAGAGAGAGGCCUUUGGCAAGCCCCUUAAGGAGCACCCCUUGCACAUGCAGACCUUGGCGAGAAUGGAGGUGCAAGCCCGAGGAGCAUUCCUCCUCCUCAUGGGGAUGAGCAGACUGCUUGGGUUGGAGGAAACCAACAUGGCCACUGAGCAGGACCAGCACAUGCUCAGGUUGCUCACUCCAGUUGCAAAACUUUACACGGGUAAACAGGUUAUCGCUGUUAUCUCAGAAGGGCUGGAGUGUUUCGGAGGGCAGGGCUACAUAGAAGACACAGGCCUGCCAGUCACUCUCCGGGAUGCCCAGGUGCUGACCAUCUGGGAAGGAACAACCAAUAUCCUUUCCUUGGAUGUCCUGCGCUCCCUCAUCAAAAGUCAAGGAAAGGUGCUGGAUGCAUUUUUCUCUUCUGCACAGGCCAAGAUGGAGGCGGCUGUCAGCGUCUCUGAACUGAAGCCUUCUGUACAAGCAGCUCAAAGUGCUCUCCACAAGCUUGGACAGUUUGUUCAGAAAGCAGGCUCAAAGGUGGACGCAGGAAUGCAGCUAGCAGCAAGAGACUUUGCCUACACUCUAGCCCGGAUAUAUGGAGGAGUGCUUUUGCUGGAGUAUGCCGCCAGACCCAGUGCCUCAACUACAGACAUCGUUACUGCUCAGAGGUGGUGCCACCAAGACCUUUGCCCUAUAGACGGAGAAGAAAAAGCUGGCUCAUACAACACUGAAGCAGUUUUUCUUGAUCUCUCUUUAGUUUAUGAUGGAUGUCCAGUUUUGGGAGCAAAACUGUGA